AGGUGUUUAGACGCUGUAGACUGUAAUGGCUAGGAUUAUGCAAGAUCACUCCCCUGAGGAGGGGGGCCCAGAGAGUACUUGGGGCAGAGAGGGGAGUGGGUAACCGAAGGCAGUGUGGCAUGGACAUUCAUUGGGUUUGGCGUAUGCCAAUUAUCUGGGCUCUGCAAAUGAGUUUUCAGUUAGAGACGCUUUUAAGUGAAGAACAGAAAAUAAAUGGAAGCCCAGGUGAAGAGGCCGGGCAGAGGUUUGGGCCUGGGGACUCUGAGGCAUGGAGGAUGCAUUUUUCUGCCUGUCUAAUGGGGGAUCGGAUGUAAGUUAGUGCCUUAAACCAUGCUAUGUGGCGUCUGUGGCCUUUGGUCCGUUGCUGAGAGCAGGGUAAGAAAGUAGCCAAAACAUAGGAACGGUGACAGCAUCCAACUAAGUGGGAACACAGCGUGGGGUCGAGCAGGUGUUCACUGAUUGAGAAAGUGAAUUUGAAAUGGUUGAAAACUCAGGUACCCAGGACGGCUGGGUAUAGAGCAUCCAGGUGGGAAAGGCCGGGUCUGGACAUUUCCCCGAUGGACUGCCUCGGAUGACUAGACAGUCCGUGGACCUCAAAGAUUCCCUGAAAGGGCACAGGAAAUCAUCUGUGAGGUAGGCACCGGAAGGCCUAAAGCCAGAUGUUGAAUGCUGGAGGUCCCAAGAGUCUGGAGGAACGAGGAGGCAGUGGCAGAGGCAGACCCGGGGGCUUCCAAGACAGUGCCUGUGGAACUUCCGUUGGACGCUACCAACUUCAGAUUCUCCACGGGACCGAGGCCAUUUCUGCCAGAGAUGAAUGUCUUAGAAGACUACAAGAUGAAUGAGAUUCAGACUGAGGCACAGCAGCCCUGAAUGCUGAGUAAAAUCCCACACAGUCUUCAGAGGCCCUGCUGCUCCCCGGCAGUUCAAGCCAGCCCCACUGCUAGCUCCAUCUCUACCAACAACAGUGAGGACCACUUACAGAACAAUUACUUAAACCCGGAAAACACACUUCAUUCAGUCAAUCCUAUAAGACAAUGCAGCUUGGGAUAAUUUUUCUCUCGUCAAACGCUGUGCAGUUGCAAGAGCGCUCUUCUGUGUGAGCCCAAGCCUGACGGCGCUGCAUAGCCAGGAAACACUAUUAGCGUCCCUCACACACAGCCCAGCCUCAUGGAGAGCAACCAGGAGGAAACUGGGAAGGGCAGGCUCCUCUACCAAGAAGUCUGCUUGGCAGCUCAACGGCUGGAUUUUUUCCUUCAGAAAGGAAAUGCCCACAAAGAGGUGUUCAAGCCACACAUCCUGGCUCUCAGAGAGACGGUUCAGCGAGCCUGCGUUAAACUCAUGUUCCUGCAUCCGGUGGGCUAUGGCCGGAAGGCUGAAGAGCUCUUGUGGAGGAAAAUGUACUCGGACGUGGCCAUGCUGCUCAUGAAGACCAACAAGAGACAGACGGACACGUUCCAACACUGGGGAGAGCCCCUGCGUGCUCACUUGAAGGCCGGCCUCAAGUUCUACGAGCAUCUCUUCCUCUUCCUUCAGCGUCACUACGAGCUCAGGCUGCAGAGCUACAUAGACUGGCCUCACGGGGCCAUCCGCUUGAUCGGCUGUCAGAAAGUGGGACCCACGUCAGCAGAGGAGGCCUCGUGGGCCCGCAUGGCCUGUCAUCGCUGCCUGCUCUACCUGGGAGACUUGUUCCGGUAUCAGCAUGAGUUCCUAGACCUGGCCACCAGGAGCUUGGCCGAGAGAUGCUACUACAGGGCCUUGUCGUUGGCCCCGCAUAUGGGGAUGCCCUUCAACCAACUGGGCGCCCUCAUGGGGAGUAAGUAUUAUGAUCUCGAAGCCACCUAUUUCUAUCAGCGUUGCCUCCACUCGGAAGUGCCUUUCAAGGGGGCAGCCUGGAACCUCAAGCGGCUCUAUGACCACGCAGGGAAGAGGUACAGCCGUCUGAAGAGGUACCAGGGUCGGAAACUGUCUCACGGCCAGCGGCAAUGCUGGGACAACAAACGGCUUCUCGUUAGCUUCCUCUACCUUCAGAGCCUCCUGCAGCCUAAGAGGAAAUUCAAAGGCGCAAGGCUAAUCGCCCUGUGCCAGCUGGUUCUGGAAGACUUCCGUCUCUGUCUUUCCUAUAGGCCACAUCCAGCAGGCGGGUGCCAGGUGUCCAGGGAAGACAAGCCUCCAAAAGGGUAUCUGUUUCUCCCGGACUUCCUCAUCCUCCACAUGGUGGUUCUUUGCCUCAUGAACGUGCACAGCCUGAGGAAGUCAGGCGCAAGGCAGCAGAAGCCAGCUGUUGUCUUCACCUUGACUCUCUUCUCUCACCUGGUCCAGCACGUGAACGCGCGGAUCCGGGCCGAGCUGCAGAGGAGGAAGCUGGUUCCCCAAGACGCUUCUGCCGGGGAUGGAUGCUGGGGGAGGGAGCCCGGAAAGCAACACCAAGAUUUGCCAGCUCCCGGCCUCCAGGACAGCAGCUCUGAGCAAAGCCACUGGUGGUCUGGUAUCUCGAGGGAGAGCCAGGGCAGUUUUCCCUCCUGCUGCGACUCAGACGAGACGGAGGAAGAGGACGACUCCUCCUUAAGCUCCCAGGCCCAGUCAGACACAAACAGCGAAGCCUCCCACUCAGAUGCAACGGAUGACGAAGGGAGUGGCCCCUCGAGCUCGGAUGCGAUUCAGAAAAGUGGGGGUACAUCCAAACCUAAAGCUGCUCGCCCUAGAAACAAACUGAGGUACGCGUAUGUACCUCCCGACAGUCUGCUGGAUCUCUUGAAAACAACUCUGUCUUCCGGCCUGCCCGCUCCUUUGAGCCAAAAACUCCAAGGAAAACGUGGCUUGCCCCUGGCUUCCGUCUUUAGUCAUAAUGUCCUGCCACCUCAGUGCGAGCCAAGCCCUGCCGUCAGCAGUUCUUUGUGCUCUGAGGGUGAGAUGAGCAGCGUUCCCGACACAGAGUUCUACACGGGUUCCUCUGGGGAGCAGGGACCCUCCGUUGCCCGGAUCAGCGACCUCCAGACCACUCAGUGGAAACUGGACAUUCUGUCUGCAGAGGGCCUCUUACCUACCAUCAAGGUGAUCCUGGGCUGGCUCCGGAGCCAUCACAGCCUCCUCUUGUCCCAUUGGAGGAGCGUAGUUAGCUUGUGGGAGCAUCUCUGUGUGCUGCUGAACCUGUUACCCUCAGUGGGAGACCUUCAGCAUCCAGGCCUUGGCCUGUCUCCCCAUCUCCAGGACUUGCUCCAGAGUUGUCAGUGGCCAAACACUCCCAAGUUAUUUCAGCUCCCUGAGGACAUCGCCCUGUUCCAGCAGCCGCCUCCUCAAGUGCCCCAGGGUAGGGCAGGCGUAGGGCAGGAGCCGCCUCUGCUCACCAACCGGGAGGAGGUUAUCGUCCGUAUCUGUUUCUUCCGAAGUUUUGGCCACUUUGCGACUAGACUCCCGGGACAGUUCUUGAGCUUUGACUCGAAGCUGGGUGUCUUUGUGAGCAGCCCCCUUGAAAGGUCAGAAAAUCCGCCUCAGCAGCUUCCAAGGACAGUGGCGCGAAUCAGGUUUUCCAAAGACAUAGUGCAGCUUUGGCUGCAGCGUGAAGUGGCGUUUUUGGAGAAAACGCUCCGAGGUCCCCAGACUCAGUCAGUGUUGACCCCUUACCUGUUCCCUGACCCCAGGGCCCUCUGUGAGCAUCUUUCAGUCAUACAGAAACUAGCCACCAGCGCUAAAUUCUUCCUCAUCAUACCCAAGAUUGUGGUGGACACACUGUACAUCCUAAAAAGGGAAGAUCACAGAGCCUUGGAGGCCAUCACUUUCCUGGAGGACGAGCUAAAGAGAAGGAACCAGUACAUUCUCUGCCAGUCCUUUGUGUCCAAGAGGUUGGUGAGGCCCAGGAUGACUAGACCAGACUCUGAUGCCUGGGACCUCUACAAUAUUCUCGACUUCUGCAAGAGUCUUCUGGAUUCAUCCAGGCCAGGGAUAUUGGAUCCCAGCAGCAUGGUGACUAUCAUUACCGGCGUCUGUUUGGACCACCCUAGGAAUUUCUCAUACCCACUGCAGCUGGUGCUGGGGAUGGCAACUGAGGCCGGUGUGGGAAUCAAGAGCGUCCUGGACUUCCACAAAGAAUGGAAAGGGAUCAGCUGACAUCGUCGCACCCUCCUGGUCUUUGCCCUUCUGGGUAUAUUGCUCCAAUUUGGUGUGUUUCUUUGUCAUAAGCACCUAAUGCUGAGGCAGGCAACGUGUACACGAGUAUGUGUGUCUACCUGUAGGUGGAGUUGUGGCUUGCCAGCUUUCAGAGGCCUUCCUGUUUCCUUCCUGGUCACCUUAGCUCUGUAUUAUGCUUAGCUCUGAUGUAAAGCUCAAGUUUAACUCGCUAUUAAGUGAUCUUAUGACAAAGCAGCAAAUUCAGAUGCCACUUCCAUGUCCAAAUACAGCUUCAUGGAUGUUCUGUGACUCACUUACCCUGGUUUGUGACACGUAACUUUGAUGUCUAUUGUUCUUAUUAUGGUGGGGCCAGGUCUCUUAUCGAAGGCAUGUCUCUGCCAUCUAUGAAACUCAAUAAAUAUAAAGCUAAAACUUCA